AUGUUUUGUUUACGCGUACUGGUGUUGGUUUUGGCUAUAUUGGCCACCGCCUGUGCUGUGUGUGCCAACAUCUUCCCUGUCUUCCAGAAGGAGAAAGAGCUCGUGACGACGAAGCAGACGCUAUGGUACAAUGAGGUGAUCUUGCCCGAUGGCAAUGAGACCGAGCAGAAGGUGAGUAAGAGCUUGUGCGGGCAGUACAAGCUGUUUUUCCAGGUCUCCGAGGGCACCGCUGUGGGUGCAGCUGGUGUUGGCCUCAUCGUUGUGGGCAUUGUCUUCGCCCAACUGUUUCUUCACGAGAGAAUAUGUUGUUUUAUUUACGGCGUGUCGCUCUUGAUUGACCUUGCGUUUGCGGCGUCUGGGGUGUGCGUGGCCCUUCUUGUGUAUGGAUAUAUGAAGGGCUACUGCCAGGAUGACACUGCGCUGUCACCCCUGUACGCUCCCUUCAAGGACCAGGACUACAAAUUCGCGGAGUCCUUCUACCUCAUCUGCGUCGCCUGUGCUCUCUUUUUCAUCUCCUGU